CGACGCCAUCCUCGGUUAACCGGCAACCGAAACCGUCGGUCUCGGUUUGAUUGGGCGGUUAGUCGAAACCGCCAGAGUCGGCCGGUUUUCGGUUUCGGUCAGAAACCGACCAACAAAACCGAUCCAGAACCCUGCACAUAGCACACACACCUGCAGACCUGUUGCAUUUUUUCUGCACACAGCACACACACCUGCUGCAUUUUUUCUAAAAACCUGCUGCUGCCCUUUUCGAAAUCCCUACUAAUGUUCUUGGGGCUGUUGGAGACUUACAUUGGUGAUGGUGAAUCGGUGAUUGAACAGGGCAGAAGACGGCGGGAGAACAGGGCAGACGACGGCGGGAUUCCGGGGCAGAAGACGGCAGCGUCGGCGACGACGACUUCUGUUGGACGACUUCUGUUCGGCGGGAGAACAGGGCAGACGACGCGAAGGUUGGGAGCGGGAGGAGUGAGGACGGCGCUGCCGCUGCGACGGCCGACGAGCUCGACGGGGACGACCGGACGAGGCGACUGGCGGGCGGCGGCGAGGGUAGGGACUAGGGAUUACUGAGGAACGAAAUGGGGAGGACGAGCGGCGGGUGAGGAGACUGGGGAACGAAAUUUAGGUCAGGGAGGAGAGGCCUUCACCGAUUUCGCCAUUUAGGUCAAGGAGGAGAGGCCAAAGCCAAACGACGCUGUAUUGAGGACAGGUAAGUGUGGUCGGUUUUUUGCGGUUACUUUGCACGGUUUCAGUUUUAACCGCUAACCGCUCGAAUUGCCCAACGGCUGAUGUUAGCCAACCGCAACCGACAACCGCAAGCAACCGACGGUUUUCGGUUGGUCAGUAAACCGACGGUUUCGGUUCUGUUUCGGUGGUAACCGAAAAACCGGAGACCGAUUAACAGCCCUAGUUAUGGCAUGUGCUAUGGUUUCGGAAAUAACUUGAUGGACAGUUUGUUGAUCGUGGCCGUGGAGAACAUUGAUUGUGUGUGGAUUGCCAGUUGUAGCUUCUUGGUGUAUAGCAUAAUGCUAUACACCAAGCCAAGAAUAUAAUCAAGAGGCAAUCUAAUGCGCAAAUUAAAUCACCAGCUAACAACAAGCUAAAACCUUCCAUGCCUAUCAAUCACUAAGCAAUGAGUUCAUUCGAUGCGAUGGUUGGAACAAUAUUGAAUUUAGUGCAUGAUGUUGGGGGACAUAUAGUGAGCGGCCCAAGCAAGGAACCAGGAAGCAGGCUUGGGCCCGGAGUGUGGGCCUGGGCCGAGAAAAGGGCUAAAGGCCAUGGCCCAAGUGGCGGAACCGGGCCCGAAACGGGGCGCUGGACGACAAAAGGGAAGUAACGGCCAGGGACGUACGGAGGGGACAGGAGGUGGGGCCAUGCGCCUUCGGGGCCAAGAUGGGUGUCAGAAUGGCAGGGCGCCUGAGGAAAGGAUGGUACAGUGCAUUUAAUGAGGUGAUGACGUGGGGCGGAUUUGGGGGGCACUGGUCGGCCCUACCCCGAGUAUAAAUAGUGAAGUGGGUAGAGCUCAUUUACUCAGGUUCCAACUUCUCUCUAAACUUACAUCUCACUUCUCUCACUAGAAAGUUCGUUCUGACUUGGGCGUCGGAGUGCUAACGAACCCCAGCCAAGGGGUUCGUCGGGCGCCGUAGUGUGCAGGUCACGGACGCGCAGGGAAGACGCAGAGGGGUCUAAAGAGGUGGGGGAACCGUCUGAGGCGUGGAGGGUACGUGGCACAAACACAUGACAUUUAAAAUUUAACCCUCUUAAAAAAUAUUAACCACAAGAUCUUACACGAAUUUCACCUGCUUCGUAAAAUGUGGGUAAAUUAAGCCAAGUUUUAGUAAGACUGUUUUGGUUUCCCAUUAAUAUUUUUGAAUAAAAUUACUUUUACAAAGUUGAGGACCAAAAUUUGAUUCAAAUUACAACAAAAAAAAGGUUGGAGGGAAAAUGGGAUGAUGCAUUUUUUAUGAGAAUUUAGUGGUACCCGACAUCCUAUUCUAAAUUAAAUGGUAUGAUUGUCUCAAUUCUAAAACUUAAGUGAUAUUCGAAUUAUUUUACCCUAUUUUGAGUGAUUUCACUAUAUCGCCCUUUUUUAACAAAAGAGGGUAGUACCUCCAUUAUCCCUAUUAAUUUUUUUGUCCUAGAUAAUAGUAGAGAUAAAAGUCAGAGAACUACAAGUAACCAAACGCGGCGGUCGAUAAAUAGUCGAAUUGUCGAUGAAAGAGCAUUGUUAGGGAGUAAUGGGUUGUUCUAUUGAAUCUGCGAGGGUAAAAAUACACGAGAAAAGUGAAA